UGGCAUUCUUGCUUUGCGGGAUGCAUUUGCACAUUGUGGCAAAGUUUGAGACUUGAGAGCCUCCAGAAAACAUGUCUGCCUGUGCUUCAAUCUCCUCCACAACUUCCCACCUCAGAACCCUCCCCUCUUCUCUACCUUCCACCACCAUCUCUUCUCCUCCUCUCGGAUUUUCCCUCACUUCCCGGGAAAAUCGAAGACACCUCAUACCCACGACCACCUCUGUCCAAAAGCAUGCUCUUUUUUCAUCCAGGUCUGGCAGAUUCGUGGUGAAAUCCCAGGCCACUAGUGCUCCUGCUUCUUCUGAGUCUGUCACUGUGACACCCGUACCUUCCCAAAUGAAGGCUUGGGUUUAUGGAGAGUAUGGGGGUGUGGAUGUUUUGAAGUUCGAUUCCAACGUUGGUGUGCCUGAUUUUAAGGACGAUGAGGUGCUCAUUAAGGUUGUCGCUGCGGCUCUUAACCCUGUUGACGCUAAGAGGAGGCAGGGCAAGUUCAAGGCCACUGAUUCUCCCCUUCCGACUGUUCCAGGUUAUGAUGUUGCCGGUAUAGUGGCAAAGGUUGGUAGUCAAGUGAAAGACUUCAAAGUGGGUGAUGAAGUCUAUGGGGACAUAAAUGAGAAGGCUCUUGAGGGACCUAAGCAGUUUGGAACUCUGGCAGAGUAUACUGCUGUUGAAGCAAAAUUGUUAGCACCAAAACCUAAGAAUUUGGAUUUUGCUCAGGCUGCUGGUCUUCCUCUUGCAAUUGAGACAGCGUAUGAGGGCUUGGAGAGGACCGGCUUUUCAGCUGGUAAAUCUAUUCUUGUUCUGAAUGGUUCUGGUGGAGUUGGAAGCCUAGUGAUUCAGCUAGCUAAGCAAGUAUUUGGCGCUUCAAGAGUGGCUGCCACGUCAAGCACUAGAAAUCUGGAACUGCUAAAGAGCUUGGGUGCUGAUUUGGCUAUUGACUACACAAAAGAGAACUUUGAAGAUUUGCCUGAAAAAUUUGAUGUGGUUUAUGAUGCCAUUGGGCAAUGCGACCGAGCAGUGAAGGCUGUAAAAGAAGGAGGUAGUGUGGUGGCGCUGACUGGAGCCGUGACGCCACCUGGGUUCAGAUUCGUGGUGACAUCCAAUGGAGAAGUUCUGAGGAAACUGAACCCUUACUUGGAGAGUGGAAAGGUAAAGGCAAUUGUAGAUCCCAAAGGUCCAUUCUCAUUUGCUCAGGUUGUUGAUGCCUUCUCUUACCUUGAAACCAAUAAAGCAACUGGAAAAGUUGUCAUCCAUCCAAUCCCAUGAGGGGAAGAAAAAGAAAAGAAAAGAAAAUGAAAGAGAUAUGGGAUAGGGCAUUUUGAUGUGUGAUGUAUCUUGUAAUGUAUGUUCACACUAUGAGUAGGUAAAAGUUGAGAUUAGAAAGAAAAA